CAGAACUACCCACCUCCAGGCCAAUACGGUCCCAACUAUGGCCAAGGCUAUCCACCACCCCCAGCCAACUACUACCCGCCACCUCCACAACAACCCUACUAUCCACCACCACAACAAGAGCGUCGCAGCGGCGGAUCUGGACCAGGCCUAUGCUUAACCGCCCUGUUGGCGAUGUGCUGCGGCUGCUGUAUGGGUGAGUGCCUGGAUGACUGCUGUGGAGACGGCGAUUUCUGCUGUUGCUGUAUAUAG